AUGCCUAAGAAGAUGAGGAAGAGUAAUAGCACUACCAUGAAGAAGCCAUCACAAGGAGAAGCAAAACCUGUGGUACAACAAGCCAAACGAGUUCUGAAACCUGGUAAAUUUGGGAAAGAGAUUGAAGACAUCUUUGCUGCGAGAAUCAAGUUGAGGCCAAGGGUUCAAAUACCCGAGACGAACGAGACCAAAGCAGAGAUUGCAAAGAAGAAGAGGAAGAGGGACAGGUUGGAGCGUAAAAACAACCCGGGAAGCGAACCCAGGAGGAGGCAGAGAAUGGAGAGGACGGAGGUUGAUAACUACCCGGAAAGCGAAGUCAGGAGGCAGACAACAGAGCUUGAUAACAACCCGGAAGAGAAGACAAAGAAGAAGAAGAGAAGCGGACCCAGGAAGAUAACUACAGACGGACUCAAAGUGUUCAGGGAAGAUGAAAUUGGUUUCAACAAGGCCAAAUCUGGUGGCACUCGUCUCUGUCCUUUUGACUGUAAUUGUUGCUUCUAG